ACAGGAAUGCAUUAAACUGGAGAGGGAGAGAGGGCUCUUGGAGAGGAUGCUGAGGAGCCUGAGGUGUGAAAUGCUGAUCAACAAGAAGAGUGUGGACGGAAGGACCAUAAGACCAGCUACUACUGAGACUGGCAGAGACGGAGCAGACCAUUUGCUGGAGUGUGAAAAGAGAGAACUCACUGAGCUGAAACAGGAGCUGGAGAGCACUCUGAGGAGCACACUAGCACAACUACAGACCCUGGGUCAGUGCAGUAGGCAGCUGUUGGACUGUGCCAGUGAGAGAGCGCGUGUUCUAGAGCUUCUACCACACACUGGCUCUGGCUCUCUCUCCGCAGGGGGACAUGGAACUCCCUCCCAAGGCCUCAUAAAACUGCCAGAGCCAAUCGCCCCCUUCACUCCAGAAUGUAAGCAGGUUCUGGAGUCUUCCACUCUGGCUGUGAACCAAUCACAGCUGCUACGAGAAAACAUCAGGCAGAUGAUUGGCAAUGCCAUCGCCAGGCAAAAAGCUGCCCACCGUACUGUCAAUGAAGCUCUGGUGAAGAAAAUAGCUGAGACAGUCACUCUGAAGCAAAAUCUUACAACUAUGUCUGCAGCCACCAGGCAGGCCAUUUUCCGCAAACAGAGGCAGCUGAACUGCAUUCGUCACAGCCAUGACAGAGCACUGGGCCCUGAGUACAGUGGGGAUAUAUUUUCCAGAGAGAAACUGAACAGGCCUAUAGUAAAGGUUUACCACAGACACCCUGGGACCCAGUUACCUGAGGCUGCUCAUCUCAUACAGGGUAGUUCUGUUUUGAGACGCUGCCUGCUUUCCUCUGAAGAGGAGCUCUCCAGGCUGCAGGGCACAUGUCUGCAGCUGGUGGCCAACCUGCACGGCAAGAGGGCCGCAGAGCAGGUGGACUCUGCUGUGGUCAGGCUGCGGCGGCAGCUGGUCGACAGACGAGCAAUGCCCACUUUCCUCCAACAGGGGUUGUACUAAACUCAUUAUGUAGUGCAUGACUCAAUUCCUCUUUCCUCAAUGUUUCCUCUCUCUUUGGCUCCUUCUCAAAAUGCAUUGGAGGAGAAGAUCAGAGGGAAGAAAAAUCUAAGGUUCAUCUUCCCUCUGAUAUUCUCCUCCAAUGCGUUUUGAGAAGUAGAUGAGGAGAGGAAUCAAGGAAAGAGAAGAGCCCGAAUCUAUAGUUGUAUACAAACGGCAUGUGUGUUUUCGCCUGGACAUGAAGUGAAAGAUGGACCAAUGUGCUGAAAAGGGACCAUUUAAACAAGAUAUUAGGAAGGUGUGUUUUUUAACCAAGUCAUGUGUGGAAUCUCAACCCUCGAUUAACCACAUUUCUGCAUUACACCAUUAAUGUGUACUUGAAAUAAACAAACAGUAUUUCUC